AUCAAAUUAAUACGUCGAUCGUAAAUUUUCUUUCCAUCACUGGUCACUGCCUAUAAAAAAAAAAAUUGGCAGCCAGCCUAGCUUACCUGCGUACUGCGUAGCUAGCUGUCAACCGGCUAGGUAAAUGGAACUAGUUAAACCAUCUCAAGGACAAUCAAGGGCAGCAUGGUAGUACUGAUAUUGUGAUAAUAACACCGGCGAAUCACGCUCGUAAUAAUUGUCGUAAAUUUUGUGAAUUUCCUUCAAUUUUUGGCGAAUUUUUUAUUGUUAAACAUGGAUGACAAAUUGACCAAAUUGUGCGCCACAUUCGUCGAUAUCGGAUGCUUGAAGUUUGGUAAAUUUACUCUGAAAAGUGGUCGCGAGUCUACUUAUUAUAUUGAUCUUCGUCUUAUCAUUUCUUAUCCUUUGGUAUUGAAUGACCUAUGUACCGCAUUGCACGAGUGUUUGAAGAAAGAAGAAGUAACCUAUGACAAUAUUUGCGGAGUACCGUAUACAGCUCUUCCUAUGGCUACGUUGGUCGCUAAUAAAAGCGAUAAGCCGAUGGUUAUGAGACGUAAAGAGCCCAAAAGCUAUGGCACUAAGCAGUUGAUUGAAGGAAGUUUCAAACAAGGAGACCGCUGCAUUAUAAUAGAAGAUGUAAUAUCAACUGGAGCUAGUAUUUUGGAAACCAUUGCUGAUGUUGAAAAAGCUGGCUUAGUAGUGAAAGAUGUGAUCGCUGUUUUCAAUCGUGAAGAAGGAGGAGUCACUAAUAUACAGAAUAAGGGAUACAAUGUGCAUUGCUUAUUCAGUUUGAGUGAGGUUGUUGAUGUUUUAAGCAAUAAAGGCAUCAUAGAUUCUGAAACCGUUCAACGAAUUAUCGAAGGACACAAAGAAGUAAAGAGAUCUGCUGUCGAUGUUGUGAAAUCUGUGAAUCGUACCGAAUUAGCGUUUGAAAACCGUACAGAAUAUUGCAAAUCCAAAGCUGCGGCUAAAUUACUCUCCGUUAUGUCUGAGAAAAAGAGCAAUUUAUGUGUUGCUGCUGAUGUCACCGAUAUGAAUGCUAUAUUGAAGUUAGCUGAUGAAGUUGGCCCUCAUAUUUGCAUUUUUAAAGUGCAUUUAGAUAUUGUAAAUUCGUAUUCGGAUAAACAACUCGAAGAGUUGAAAAGCAAAGCUGUCCGUUACAAUUUUUUGCUCAUGGAAGAUCGAAAACUCGCCGAUAUUGGAAAUACGGUUCGUUUGCAAUUCAAUCAAAUUUCCAAGUGGGCAAAUCUAGUUACAGUGCAUUCGAUACCUGGGUUCGGUGUUUUGGAAGCUAUCAAAAAUGCCGAAACUUUUAAUGAGAAUUUCGGCGUCUUCUUAAUCGCUGAGCUGAGCAGCAAAGAUAAUUUGAUUACUCCCGAUUAUACAAAAAAAACUGCGGAGCUUGCUAAAUCCUAUUCAGACAUAGUCUCUGGUAUGGUUUGUCAAUCUGCAUCAACUGUCAGCGAACCAGGAAUGAUUCAGUUGACCCCUGGAGUCAAUUUAGAAGCGAAAAACGAUAAUCUGGGACAACAGUAUAACUCCCCAGAAGAAGUAAUAACAAAUCGAGGAGCCGAUAUCGCUGUGGUCGGUAGAGCCAUCAUUACUGCUCAGAAUCCGUCUAAAACGGCCGAAGAAUACAAGAAGCAAUUGUGGAAUGCGUAUUCGGCGCGUAUCAAGUAAUUUAGCAGGUCUAAAAUGUGAUUUUUUGUUACCUCAUUUCAUAAUGCAUUUCCGCAUAUUAAUCGUUAUGUUUUUUUUUUACCAACAAUUAUAUAUUAUUGAUUUGAA